AUGGCCGAAACCCCAGCUCCCCUCGCGGCCGUUCAGGUCGAGGCUUUGGUGGUGAUGAAAAUCAUCAAGCACUGCUCUCAGACCUUCCCUUCCACCGCAACCGGUGCCCUCGUCGGCAUGGAUGUCGAUGGCUCCCUCGAGAUCACCAACACUUUCCCCUUCCCCGUCGUUGAAGUCCCCGCCGAGUCGCACUUUGACAACACCACUCCCAACCACGCCGCCGCCGCUCCCCGUGCUAAGGCCAACGCUGCCUACUCCGCAGAGUACAUCCGCAUGCUGCGCGAGGUCAACACCGAUGCCAACAACGUCGGAUGGUACACCAGCGCCAACAUGGGCAACUUCGUCAACAUGAACGUGAUCGAGAACCAAUUUUACUACCAGAGCCAGUUGAACGAGCGCACAGUUGCCCUUGUUCACGACGUCAGCCGCAGCGCCCAGGGCAGCCUUAGCCUCCGCGCUUUCCGUCUGUCCACCAAGUUCAUGACUGCGUUCAAGGAGAACAAGUUCACCUCCGAGGAUCUCCAAAGCUCCGAAAUGCGCCACACCGAUAUCUUUGAGGAACUGCCCGUCAAGCUCCACAACUCGCACCUGAUCACCUCUUUCAUUCACCAGCUGCAGUGCCCGACCAACAACGCCUCCACUGAGCUUCCCUCUUCUCUCGCUGCUCUUGAGUCCAGCCCCUUCAAUAAAACCUCCACACUCACCCCCAACCUCGACAACCUGUCCCUCAGCAUCGACCCCUUCCUGGAGAAGAACUGCGAUCUCCUCCUGGACACCAUCGAGACCCACAACACCGAGGUCAACAACUACCAGUACUACCAGCGUGUCCUCGGCCGCGAGCAGCAGAAGAUCAACGCCUGGAAGCAGAAGCGCGCACAGGAGAACGCCACCCGUGCCACCCUCAACCAACCCCUUCUCCCCGAGGACGAGUGGCAGCGUCUGUUCAAGCUCCCCACCGAGCCCAGCCGUCUGGAGAGCAUGCUCAACACUCGCCAGGUGAACCAGUACGCCAGCCAGGUCGACAACUUUGUCUCAACCAGCACGGGCAAGAUGUUUGCUAUCAAGGGCAACCUGCUGCCCAACGAGACCUCGAACUAA